CGCCGUAGCGUACGAGAGCGUAGAGUUGACUGGUGUGACGUUUUUUCCGUGGACAGUUUCUGACGUACGGCAUGUAAAGAACGCGCGGAUCGAUCAUCGGUGUAUAAUCGUGAUGUGAACGGCAGGCGGAAACACGAACGGUGUUCCCGUUGGCCGGUGAUCCGGCGAUGGACAGCGAGAAGGCCAGUGCUGUGAUGAAAUCGGUGUCGGAGGGCGAGCUGGGCGUGGAAGAGGUUAAAUUGUCGGAUUCGAAAACACGAGAUCCUGGAUCGCGACUGAAGCGCACGUUCACGUUGCCGAGGAAUCCGUUUCAAAGUGCCACGAGGAUGUCGCGGCGACGUCCCAAACAGAAUCGUGACUCGAAAGACGGUGGUGGCGGUGGCGUUACGACCAGCGUCAAAGACAGAAACAAUAUGCAACAAUAUCAGCAGCAAGUGGAGAGUAUGCAACAAAAUCUGAGCCGACUGCACGGCGGUCAAAGUUAUUCGGACAGAACCGGUGUUAAGAAGGUGUUCCGCAGGCCAUCGUGGAAAAAAUUUAUCAACAAGAUGGUACAGCACAUGUCGAACGUGGCCAGCCAGGGUCACAAAACGUCUCACAGAGACGAUCUUGGAUCCAGUGCCGGGGACAUAAGGGUGCCACCACCUAGGCCAGCUCAUAUACCACCGGACAGGGUGCCAGGAGUGAUCGGUUUGCGCAAUCACGGUAACACGUGUUUCAUGAACGCGGUACUACAGUGUCUUUCGCACACGGACAUACUCGCCGAAUAUUUCGUGCUGGACCAGUACAAGGUCGAUCUGUCCAGACGGAAUAAACUGAACUCGAAAAAAUACGGUACCAAAGGCGAGAUUACCGAACAACUGGCCCUUCUUUUGAAGGCUAUAUGGAGCUGUCAAUACGAUCCGGAGAUGAGCACGGCGUUCAAGAGCGUCGUCGACAAAUACGGAAGUCAGUAUCGGGGGAAUCUGCAGCACGACGCUCAGGAAUUCUUGCUGUGGCUAUUGGACAAGGUGCACGAGGACUUGAAUCAAGCCACCAAGAAGAAAUAUAAAAUCAUUAAGAAUUCGUUCGGAAGACCGGAUGACAUCGUGGCGGCUGAAACGUUAGCGAACCAUGUCCGCUGCAAUAAUUCGUUCGUUCACGCGGUGUUUCAAGCACAAUUUCGAUCUAGUCUCACGUGUCCAAGAUGUCAUCGACAAUCGAACACGUUCGACCCGUUUUUGUGCGUGUCGGUUCCCGUCCCACAAAAUCACAGACAGAUGAAUCUUUUCGUGAACGUGCUUUACACCUCGCAGCAACCGAGACAAGUAAAGAUCGGCGUGAGCGUGAAUCAAGCAGCGAACGUGAGAGAACUUCGGGAAAUUUUAGCCAGCGAUACCGGGAUCGACGAGAACCACAUGUUGCUCACCGAAAUUCACGACGAAGGAUUCCAUAGAACUUUCUCAGAUUGCCAACCUCUAUCCGUGAUCACAGAGAAUGAUCCACUCUACUGUAUAGAACUGCCACAACUGAAGGAGCCCGCGGAACAAGCAUAUAUACUUCUAGUAUGGAUCAAUGUUCUCGCGAAGGGAGACUUGAGACAGCGUUUCGGUAGUCCGUACACUAUGCAAGUGUCCAGAGAAACAUCCUACCAAGACUUGCAGAAACUUCUGUUGAAGGAGAUGCACGCUGUUCUAGCCGACGAUGUUCUCACCUCCAGUCAAAGUCCUGGUUUGUUUAACAUUCGCGUAGCGGAUCCAGCAGCUACGCCCGUUCAAGACGAACACCCUUGUAUAGAUCCCUGCGUCGAGCAUCCCCUUUACACCGAACAAAUCGAACAAGCGCUGGCCCUCUGCGCCGACGAUUCUGGCCCUCAGCACGUGAAAUUGAUUCUGGAAUGGGACGAAGCCACCAAGUGCAAUAUUAUUCAAGACGACAGCGAUCAGAUCGAGGAGCACGCUAGCGUGAAACAAUUAAAGACUAACUCGGAAUUGGGAGGAGCCGUUACGCUCGAAGAAUGCUUUGAUCUCUAUACGAGGGCUGAGAUUCUAGGGGCUGAAGACGCUUGGCACUGUCCGUACUGCAAUAAAAAGCAAGAAGUUGUGAAAAAACUAGGACUCUGGUCUUUACCCGAUAUUCUGGUUAUUCAUUUGAAAAGGUUCCGACAGCAGUCCAAACAGAGAUCAACCUCUAAACUGACCAUGUUGGUGGAUUUUCCUUUGUACGGUUUCGACAUGACUCCUCAUCUGGCCCAUAACGGAGUUCAAACGCAUAACAGCGUGAGUAGUUUGGGUGGCCUCGGUUGGUCACCCUGGAAGAAACCUAGACCUCGUCAGCAGAAUAUACCAAAGUACGACGAAAACGUUUACGACCUGUACGCUAUUUGCAAUCAUCACGGUCAAGAUUUGCAAGGAGGUCAUUACACGGCUUUCUGUCGAAACCCCUAUGAUACUCAAUGGUACUGUUUCGACGAUACCCGCGUCGAGGCGGUAAACGACACUAAUUUAAUAACGAACGCAGCGUACAUGUUAUUCUAUCAACGAAGAGGCUUAACCAAUAAUUCGGGCAAUUCUUCGGCCGCUUCGACUAGUUCGGCCGGUUCCGGGCUCGACCAUUGGGUAUCGAAGAUGCCACCGUUUUAUUUCAAUAACAAGACCAACAACAACGUCGCGCACAAUAAUCAGAGCAAAUCGCAGGAAGUGCUGUGUCAAGAAAAGAUCGUCGAAGAAAAGAAUAUAACGAACUUCAAUCGAGGGUGUCGCAACUAUGCCACGUUGCAACCGAAGAAGAGGAACGUUGCGACAGAAACGGAUAUCGGACAAAUUGAUCAUUACUCGGACGAUGAAGCCCCUUGCAGAAGGGAAUGGGCUUCGCCUAAACCGGUACGAAAAAUGUCGUCCAUCACGUUGACGCCGCACGUACCACCGUCAUCCACGGUCAUUCAUAACGCUAGCAGUGAUCCAGACACAACGAUAAUACACGAAUCAACGUUGUAACACACGAUCUAAGCCAGAUCUAUUCUGGCUCGAGCAACGCUCAAUGUAUAGUGCCUGGGAUAGGGUGUGCAAACAGUCGACUCGGUAAUUAGAACCGUGCGGAGUACGAAGACGAUACGACGCGAAGCUUACGUUCAUUUGUCUACCGCAGAGAAAUCGGUAUAGUAGGCGUAUGCGAUUAAUAGAAAAUACCUUCCGCUCCAAAUUUAUAUAUAUAUAUAUAUAAAACAGUACUUUCCUUCUGAUCGCGUGAAAAUAUCUUAUCUUCUGUUUUCGUGAUAUUUAUAAAAAGGAAAUAUCGUGAAUUCGAUGACCGUUUAUCGAGAAUGCGAGCAAAACUCGAGGCAUUACUGAUUUUUUGUAUUUAUAACGUGUUUAUAUACGAAUCGCGUGAAUUGUAUUGUACAUUGUAGUUGUUAGAAGACUUUUUAAGAAGAAGACAAAUACUAUAUAUACAGUAUCGAAAACUAAAAAUUCCGCAUUACGAAUCGUCUAUCGUUAAAAACUUUAUAGAUUUUCAAUGCAAUAGGUAAUUAAGUCUACGUGUGUCCAACAAGAAUGUAAAAUGUGUCAAACAAAUUUUCCCCGACUCGUUAGUUUAUUAGCCGCCUUUGUCGCGUUACAAUGAAACUAUGACAAUAACUGAAUCCCGCAUGUAACAGGGAUCACAAGUGUUAAAGUAACUUCAUUUACGAGCAUUCUUCUUGCGUGGACACGUCGUUUAGUCGCUAUAACCAUUGCUUUGAAUCUAUGCUUAACUAUAUGAAAAUUACAUUGUACUCGUAUCAUCCACUAGUGGCCUUAACUCGGUGAUUAAUAUUGAUAUGUCAUUUACAAGUCGUAAUAAGUAGGGAUCCGCGUAUUGUCGAGUAUGUCUGGUACACCAAUUUCGAGUACGGAAUAAGUCGAGCGAGAUCGGACGAACGUUCUCGGUUCGCAUCUUCCUACAUACAAGUGCUCAAGAUUUCGGAAACAUCUCCUUUCGACAUAGAACAUUCGAAUUUCCGAUAUUUUUCACUUCGAUCUUACCAAAAUUAUCCAGUUGUAACGCAUAAAUAUCAGUAACUCUUUUCAGUUUUACGGCGACCAAAAACAUUACUCCUAUUCUUCUUACAUUGGCGUGACUGAAAGAACAUUUUGGGAUCGGCAGAAUGAUUUUUUCUGUACACUAUCAACGGAUAUCUUGUCCAUUUUCUCUUUCGUUUAUUAAAUACUCCAAUCACACGAUUACAAUGAUCAUUCCAUUUAACGAACAUGUUUUAUAGAAAUUGAUGGACAGCAUGAAAGUGAAAUAGAUGUAUGUGUGUAUAUGUAUAUGUACACGCAUACGCACACGUGGUAUAAUUAGAGAAUGAUACAUACAUUUAAGUUAUUUUAAAAUUAACAUUUAUUACUAGUCAUACGCAUCGUGGGCAGAGAGGUAGCAAGAAUAGAACGCAUACGAAAGAUUACAAACGUAAAACGAGCAUCGAUUGUGCAAGAUCUGGAUGGUAAUCAACGUAAAAGAUGCUUCUGAUACGUGCUCGUUUUUAAUGGUGUUUCUAUAUAAUCGGUUCCUGUAGCGAAGUUAAGUCAAAGUCAGAUCGGGUGCCAUGACAAUCACGAGAGAAGUAAUACUCAUGCGUUCCGAAUACUUUUGUAUACACGGUUAUCUGAUUUAAUUAUACUUCAAACCCAAUAAUUGGAAUUUAGCAGCCAAUUUCGAAUAUAGUUGUCAAAUUAGUCAUUACUUUUGUAUAAUAUAUUCUGGUUGUUGGAUUUGAAAUUAACAAACGAUACUAGAUCAGGUUUCCGUGUAUUCUAAUUACAGAUAAGAGAUUUUGCUUCAUGGCACUUAACAAGUUUUAUGAUAGAAUGCGUGUACAAAAUACAUUGGUGUAACUAGGAAAACGACGAUUGUUGAUUGUAAAGAUAUAACACCUAAAAAUUUUCUACGCGAUCUUGUAACACCGAUUAUUCUCUGACGAAAAUUCUGGUUACACCAACGACGAAAUGUAUGUUAAGAAACACUGAGGAAAGAACAAUCACUGCUACCCGUUUAUCGACAUAUAAUAUAAUUUUAGAAAUUGCGCGUUCAUGCUAAUCGACUGACGGAUAUAUUAUUAAUUAAUCAUAUUGCUGCUAUUUUGUUGAACUGAAGGAUAGAGAAUGUGUAUGUGUGUGCGCGCGCGCGCGUGUGUGUGUACAUAUAUAUGUAUAUAUAUAU